AUGAAGUUUUCGGCAAUCUCUGUUGGCCUGUUGGCCCUCCUCACGCCCUUGACAGCAGCCUGGUCCAAAGAAGACCGCGAGAUCUUCCGCGUCCGCGAUGAGUUGAUGACCCAUGAGGGCCCAGAUGUUACCUUCUACGAUUUCCUCGACAUCGGUCGAUCCGCAAGCCACGAUGACAUCAAUAAGGCCUACAAGAAAAAGUCACGCCAGCUGCACCCGGACAAGGUCCGCCAACAGCUGACGGCUGAGCGCACGAAAGCCCAGAAAGAACAGAAAAAGAAGGGUGGGAAAGCUGGCGGCGUACAGGUGCCCAAGAAGCCGACGGCCGCCGAGCUCAAGACGGCCGUGAAGCGCGCCUCGGAACGCCAAGCGCGCCUCUCCAUCGUCGCCGACGUCCUGCGCGGGCCAGGUCGCGAUCGUUACGACUACUUCUUGUCCAAUGGAUUCCCCACAUGGAAAGGCACUGAGUACUACUACAACCGCUACCGCCCCGGCCUGGGCACCGCUAUUUUUGGCGUGUUCCUUUUCGCCGGCGGCGCCGCUCACUACAUUGCCUUGUACAUGAGCUGGAAGCGCCAACGUGAGUUCGUCGAACGCUACAUCAAGUUUGCCCGCCACGCCGCGUGGGGCGAGAACCUCGGCAUCGACGUCCCUGGGGUGGAUGGCCAGACUGCGGCCGCCCCGGCUCCACCUCCUCCGCAGCAACAGCAGAUGUACCAGGACGAAGAGGGUCGUGCCGUGCCCAUGAACCGUAAGAUGCGCCGAAUGCAGGAACGUGACGCGAAGAAGGAGUCCCAGGGUAGCGGUGGCGGCAAUGUGCGGAAGCUUCGUCGCGGACGUACAUCACCAGCCGCGUCCGGGUCCGCAACGCCCCAACCACAGACUCAGGGUAGCGGGCCGACGGGCACGAAGAAGCGGGUCGUUGCUGAGAACGGCAAGAUCCUGGUUGUCGAUUCACUUGGAGACGUCUACCUGGAGCAGGAGGACGAGGAGGGUAAUGUGGCCGAGUUCCUUCUUGAUCCUAACGAGCUUACCCGUCCCACCGUCUACGACACGGCCAUCGUGCGCCUUCCCCUUUGGGCCUACCAUCUUGCGAUCGGUCGCUUCCUCUCAAAGCGCAAUGGCGAUUCCGGUGAAGACGUAGAGUACGACGUCAAUGAGGUCACUGAGCUCGAGCACCAAGAUAACGACAACACUGACUCGGAGCCUGGUAAGGCCACGCCCAGCAGUGGGUCAGCCGAUGACUUUGAGUUGCUUGAGAAGUCGGUGGACGAGCUUGGUCAGGCCAAGACGAGCGGUACGCAGAAGCAGGGUGGUGGCAAGGCGAGCAAGAGGAAGAACAAGAGGAAGUGA